AUGCAGCAGCAGCAGCAGCAGCAGGCGAAAUUUCUCCUUCAGGAGGUGUACGACGACGCCACAACCAGCAGCAGCAGCAGCAGCAGCGAUGCAGCAGCAGCAGCAGCAGCAGGCGAAAUUUCUCCUUCAGGAGGCGUACGACGACGCCACAACCACCCCCACCACCACCAGCAGCAGCAGCAGCAGCAGCAGGAGCAGCAGCAGGAGCAGCAGCAGCAGCAGCAGUGUACAUGCUCUGGUGGUUUAUGUGUAGACUGGGCUGCGCAGCAGCAGCAGCAGCAGCAGCAGCAGCAAGAAGGAGGAGGAGAAGAGGGGUUGGCGUUGCUGCAGCAGCAGCAGCAGCAGCAGUUCGAGCAGCAGCAGCAGGAGCUGCUGCUGCUGCAGAGAAAGCAGCAGCAAAUGUUGCUUCAACAGGAUUUGUUGCAGCAGGAAGAACUACAGCAGCAGCAGCAGCAACUGCUGCUGCUGCAGCAGCAGCAGCAGCAGCAGCAGCAGCAGAAUACACCUGGGUUCAUUGACGUUUAUAUUAAAGCCUUACCCUAUGCGCUGCUGUGGGGGUUAGGCACCGCCAUAGGCGAGCUGCCCCCCUAUGCUGCUUCCUAUGCUGCUGCAGCAGCAAGAGAGAAAGAAAAAGAAAAAGAAGAGACAGAAGAGACAGAAGAGACAGAAGAGGAGACAGAUGAGGAGACAGAUGAAGAAGAGACAGCAGCAGCAGCAGCAGCAGCAGCAGCAGGACCAGCAGCAGCAGCAGCAGCAGGAGCAGCAGCAGGAAAGAGAAAGAAGGCAGCAAGAGAGAAAGAAAAAGAAAAAGACAAAGAAGAGACAGAAGAGACAGAGACAGAAACGGAGACAGAUGAGGAGACAGAUGAAGAAGAGACAGCAGCAGCAGCAGCAGCAGCAGGACCAGCAGCAGCAGCAGCAGCAGCAGCAGCAGCAGGAAAGAGAAAGAAGGCAGCAGAUGCAGCAAAAACUUCUUGCUGCUCUCACACACCUACAAACUGGCGCUGCAGCAGCAGCAGCAGCAGCAGCAGCAGACAGCAGCAGCAGCAGCAGCAGCAGCAGCAGCAGCAGCAGCAGUAUUCUGGGUUUUAUUAG